AUGGCCGAAAGAGGCUACGGCGAAGGCCCACCGGGCCGUGGGCAGCAGAGCGCAAACACGGGCGAAGAGGCGGCUUUGACUGAGCUUGAGCCUGAUGCGCCCAAGCUAGUUUUGUUCUCAGACUUGAUCAAGAGCCCCAUUGUAGAAGUGAUUGUUGGAUCCGGAGAGAACCACGCCACAUACUCAGCACACGAGGCGGUGCUCCUCAAGUCGCCAGAGCUAGGCAAGCAAAUCGACGGCUUUGCGCCAGGAGGGCCCCGUCAAAUCCUGUAUCCAGACUGCGAUGUGGACGCCAUGGGCUCCGUCAUCGAGUACCUCUACAUAGGCGAAUACUUUCCCCGCAAGACAUCGGCCGCGCGCGACGCAUCGCUCGAGAAAGACCCGCGCCUCCCCGAAGUAGACAACGAGGGUCUCGGCCUCCUCGUCCACGCACGCAUAUACACACUGGCCGACCGCCUGCAGCUCCCAGACCUCAAGUCGCUGGCGCACUCCAAGAUCCACCGCACGGCAUCCACGGCAAAGGGCGAGCUCGCAUACGCGCGCUACGUGUACAAGGAAUCCAACCCCGAAGACGCGACCAUCCGCAAACCAGUGGCGGCGUUUUGGGCUACGCGCAGCUUCAGCCUGCGCCACGACGCAGAGCCAGAGUUCAAGGCCAUGUGUCUCGAGUUCCCCCAGUUUUCAUAUGACGUGCUGCAGCUGGUGCUCGACCAGCAGGAGAAGAAGCGCGGUUCCGAUGAGACGCCCACGCGGAGUGGGCCUAGCGUGGUUCCGGGGAGCACGAGGAAGAGGGCUAGGGUUAGUCAAAUCUAA